AUGGCCACCAAAGUACCCCUUCUUCUGACCGGAGCCACUGGAUAUAUAGGUGGAACAGUUUUGACUCGUUUUCUACGACGUCCGGACAUAUCAUCUUUCGAUAUACGACUUCUUGUUCGAAGUCAUGAGAAGGCCAAGAGUAUUCAGGAUUUAAAUUUGGGUGUCACUGUAUUCAUUGGAUCCCAUACGGAUGCUGGGCUCAUGGAGGAAUUGACAUCUCAAGUAGAUGUUGUUAUCGCGACCACUGUGUACUGGCAGGCGGAUUGUGACAGCCUUGAUGCCGCAGAAAGCACUCUUAGAGGGCUCAAAAAACGAUACGAAAUGACGGGGAUCCCCCCUACUUUCAUUCAAACAUCGGGGACUGGUGUGUAUGUGGACUUUGUAGGUGGCAAGCAUGCCAAUUCGGAACUUUUUGACGACGGAAAUCCCGAACAAAUCGAGACCAUUUCGCCCACUGCCCCCCAUCGUCCGGUUGAUUUAGCGAUUGUCGCUGGGGAUGCCGAGGGUUAUGUGCGCAGCUACAUUAUACUUCCCUCGACCGUCUGGGGAAUUAGUACAGGACUACUCUUUGACGCCAAGAUUUCGAAUCCCCAUUCGGUACAAAUUCCCUAUUCUGCACGAGCUGCUCUGGCCCGUGGUAGGGGUGGAAUGUUGACCGAAGGCAAGAACGUAUGGCCUAUAGUUGAAAUUCAUGAGCUGGGCGAACUUUAUAGCUUGCUGUACGAUGCCAUUCAGAACAAGCAUCCUAAAGCAGGGCAUGGAAGAGAAGGAUACUACAAUGCUGGUUAUGAAGAAUAUUCCAUGAAUCAGCUGGCUACCAGUCUGUCGCAAGGCCUUGUCGCGCUGAACAGAGGGACCAACGCUGAGCCAUCAUCUUUCACGCAGGAGGAGCUCGACAAGUUUUUCGGGCAAUUUGCACCCUUUUUUGGAAGCAAUUGUCGCUGCUUGUCCACGCGCUCGAAGGCAAUCGGUUGGAGUCCUAAACUAGGUUUGAGGGAUAUGCUUUCGAGUGUACAAUACGAGAUGGAGGUUCUUAUUGCCAAGGGCCUUUGA